AUGGCUCCCCAACCAGACUACUACAAAACCCUCGAGGUCGACUCGAAAGCGACCCAACAGCAAAUCCGCGAUGCCUACAAAAAAGCAGCACUAAAGCACCACCCCGACCGCGUCCCCUCCGACUCCCCCGAGCGCGCCAGCCGCACAAAGCGCUUCCAACAAAUCAACGACGCCUACUACACUCUAUCAGACGCGACACGGCGCCGCGACUACGACGCCGCACGCACCUACAACAGUUUCACAGGCAGCACCGCAACACCAGACUCUGAUUUCGAAGAAGACAUCCCAGGAAAUGCGGGUGCGGGCGCAGGCACAGGCGGAGGCUUCGCCCAAGGCUUCCCCUGGUCCGCCUUUGGUUUCGGCAGCGCACCCGCCGGCAACACGGAAGAAUCCCACAACCGGUUCUCUGAAGAGCAAUUCGGUGGUAUAUUCGAGGAGAUGCUUAGGGAAGAGGGGAUGGCGGAUCAAGACGCGCAUCCGACGUCGAAGUUUUGGAGUAUAGUUGAUUGGAUAAUCUACUACACGGACUUCACAGGCUUGAUGAUAUUAGUUCGUUGCACGCAUGAUGUCCAAGCCUACGCAAAGGAGGGAUAUCUCUAA